ACGCCUCACCAGCGCUGCACGAUGGGUGGAAUUAAGCAGCUAACGAGUCUUAUUCUAUCUUUCUUGUGUGUGACAUUUGUGAAUGGUACUGAUGACAUUUUGGUAGGCUGCGGGGGCUUUGUGAAGUCAGAUGUGGAAAUUAAUUACUCUGUCAUUGAGAUCAAGCUGUACACUAAGCAGGGCUCUCUGAAAUAUCAGACUGACUGUGCACCAAUCAAUGGUUACUUCAUGAUCCCUCUCUAUGACAAGGGUGAUUUUGUUAUAAAGAUAGAACCACCAUCAGGAUGGAGCUUUGAGCCAACAACUGUGGACCUACAUGUGGAUGGAAUUACAGACAUCUGCACUAAAGAACAAGACAUCAACUUCAUUUUUACCGGGUUUUCAGUCUUGGGAACUGUCUUGAGUAAAGGGCAUUUGUUGGGGCCUGCAGGGGUUGAAGUAAGUUUGAGAAAAGUAGGAGAAGAUGAUGUCCUUCAAAGCGUCCUCACCCAAGCUGGAGGCCAGUAUACUUUCCUCAAGGUGCUUCCAGGAAGUUAAGACAUCACCGCCACUCAUGCCUCAUGGACCCUUGAACAUAGCUCAACCACUGUGGUUGUGUCAAAUGAAAAUGCCCCCGCCGCAGCUCCUCUUGUGGUAAAGGGCUAUGAUGUCUCUGGAGAGGUGCAGAGUGAUAGUGAACCCAUGAAAGGAGUCAGCUUCCUCCUUUACUCUGCCAGUGUAACACAGGAGUCUGUCUUAUCUUCCAUUGAGAGUGAGCCUGCUUUGGUUCUGGGGCCCCUGCGCUCAAACGAGGAGCAGCGAUGGGAGCUGCAGCUUCUGGAAAUAGCUGCCCAUAAGAAGGAGAGGGAAGAAAGAGGCGACGAGAACAGCCCCCCUGUGGAAGAGAAACCAGAUGAACUCCAUGAGCCUUUUCGCUAUGAAUUCUCCUACUGGGCACGGGCUGGGGAGAAGAUCACAGUCACACCUUCAUCCAAAGAAUUUCUGUUUUACCCUCCUGAAGUAGAUGCUACAAUCACUGGAGAGAACUGCCCAGGUCAAAUGGUUGAGAUUGCGGGCCGGGCAGGACUGUUCCUCACGGGGCAGGUGUCACCUACACUGGAGGAUGUGGAAAUCUCCAUUAAGAAGAGAGGAGCUACAACCCCUCUCAUUACAGUUCUCACGGAUGAAACCGGAACCUACAGUGUUGGACCCCUACAUAGUGACUCUCUGUAUGACAUCAGUGCCAGUAAAGAGGGCUUUGUCCUGACUGCAGUGGAGGGAAACACAGGAGCCUUCAAGGCGUUUGCCCUGGCAGGCAUCAGUUUUGAGAUAAAGGCAGAGGACGGUGUUCCUCUCUCUGGGGUUCUGCUGUCUCUCAGUGGGGCCAACUUCCGCUCAAACAUGCUCACUCAGGACACUGGUCUCCUCACUUUCAACAACCUGAGUCCUGGCCAGUACUAUUUCAAGCCCAUGAUGAAGGAGUUCCGCUUUGAGCCCUCAGCACAAAUGAUCACAUUAGAAGAAGGACAGGUCCUCCAUAUUCCCAUCACUGGCUUCAAAACAGCUUACAGCUGCUAUGGAACAGUGCAGUCAAUAGGAGGCGAUGCGGAGCAGGGUGUCGCUGUGGAGGCAGUGGGGCAGGGAGAGUGUGGCGUGUACAGUGAGGACACGGUUACUGACGAAGAGGGCCGCUUUAGACUCAGAGGCUUGCGGCCUGGGUGUAACUACAACAUUCAGCUGAGAGGAGAAGGAACUGAUCACAUUGAGAGAGCAUUACCGCCACACAAAACCAUUGAGGUGGGCAGCACUGAUAUUGAAGGAAUAAACAUAAUCGCCUUCAGACAGAUCAAUCAGUUUGAUCUGAGUGGCAAUGUCAUCACUUCCCCUGAGCAUCUUCCCACUCUCUGGGUGAAGCUGUAUAAGAGGGACAACCCUGACAAUCCCUUUCAGAGUGUGUCUCUUGGCCAGUCCCUGUUCUUCCACUUUGCCCCCCUGCCACGUGAAGGAGAGAGCUAUGUGCUGAUGCUAGACACAUCACUCUCUCACUCCCAGUAUGACUACAAACUCCCACAAGUCUCGUUCACGUCUUCUGGUUACCACAAACAUGUAACACUAACCUUUAACCCUAAGAGGAGAAUACCAGAUCAAGAUGUUGCCCAGGGAUCUUUCAUCGCCCUUCCUCUCACAUUACUGCUGUUGCUUGCUGUCUAUAAUCAUGAGCGGGUGAUCCCACUUCUUCUGCAGCUGGUCAGCCAGAUCCAGGGAGUUCGAGGACUCGCUCAGGCAAGUGGGGAUGGACUCCCGGUGGAUGAAGCCAAACGCCAAUCAAAAAGGCCAAAGACAAGACGUACAUGAUACCUAAGUAUGUCCUAAUAUGAAGGCCAAGCCAGUCACUGCGUCCAGUGUCAGACAGCACAUAAGACCAUGUUGGUCUGAUCAUAAAAUCCUAUCAUAAAAAACAACCUCACAUGGGGUCGGCAAAGAUUUUUGGACAUAUUUAUUCUUGCUGAAUCUCAGAUGACCUAAGGUUCUUUUACUGUGGUGUCCUGGUCACACAGAUCCCUAUAUUUUACAGUCCUUAGCAUGUGAAUGUGGCUCGGAGAUUGUGUAUUUAUGUAUGUGAGAGACUGCUCAGGGAGGAUGACUGAUUUAAGAAACUUCAAAUGUGUGUGCGUUUUUUUUUUUUUUUUUUUUGGUUUGUUUAUUUCUGUUUAACCUGUAAGGAGUAAUAACCCAAGUCAUUUUUCAUGAUUCCAGUAGUAGCCUGAAUGACUAGAUUUUAUUGAACCACUCCAUUUAAAAAAAGUUAUUAUCCAUUCAGUUUUAUAUCUUUACUAGAAUUUGUAGAAUUAAGUUGUAAUUUGCCAACUUAAACACCCUUACAUUUGAAAAUAUAGAGAUUAAUAAACAUUUGACCCACUAAAUUAAUUUUAUAUGAUUUUUGUUUCCCUUAUUUGUUUAAAUGCCACAAAACAACUAAGCUUACAAAAAUAUUUUGUUUCAGUUCCUUAAAGGUAAAUGACUUGCUGCUACCAUUUGAUGGGUUCGGUACAUAUUCAUUCCACUGCAUUCA